AUGUCCCUCGACCCGUCGCUUUUUCUAUACAACCUCACGCUUCUGCCACCGACGGCGGCGGUGGCAGCGAUUGUGGGCCAGUUUCUGGGCCAGAAGCACCAAGAAAUCAUCGUGGCACGCUCGCCCGGCGUGCUCGAACUCUGGAAACCGGACCACCAUACGGGCAAGAUGGAGCGCGUGUUUCGCCACAACACGUUUGCGACGAUUCGCGCGCUCGCAAGCUUUCGGCUCGCGGGAGCGACUCGCGAACACAUCGCAGUCACCUCCGACUCGGGCCACAUGACGCUCCUCGAGUGCGAUUUAAAGCACCAGACGUUCACGCAGCUUCGUCUGGAGCCGUACGGCAAGACAGGGAUCCGCCGUCUCACCCCCGGCGAGUACCUCGUGGCGGACCCGAAGGGCCGCGCCCUCAUGACAGCGGCAAUCGAGAAGAACAAGCUUGUCUAUGUCGUCAACCGCAACGGCGAUGAGGUGACAAUUUCAUCACCACUUGAGGCAAACCGUGCAAAGAUUCUCACAUUCGCGCUCUGCGCCGUGGACGUGGGUUACGAGAAUCCGCUCUUCGCAGCGCUCGAAUGCGAGUACGACCACGAACCCUCAUCGUAUUCGGUUACCUUCUACGAGUUGGACCUUGGCCUCAACCACGUGCUCAAGAAGUUCAGUGCGCCGGUGGACGCCUCCUUCAACUACCUCGUGAGUAUCCCCGGUGGCUCUGACGGCCCGUCGGGGGUCCUCGCGUUCGGAAAAAACUCCGUCCAGUACAUCCACCCGAACAACCCCACCAUCUCAGCCGUACUCCCUCAAAGGGAUAGUGACACCUACGUGGUUGCGGCUGUGGUCCCCAAGAUGAAGAACGAGUUCUUUGUACUCGUGCAGUCGCAGCUCGGCGACUUGUUCAAGCUCACGGUGGAGUACGCCGACUCUGUGACGGCCCUCACCAUCCGCUACUUCGAUACUAUUCCGGUGUGCAAGUCGCUAAUCGUUCUCAAGAGGGGGUUCCUCUACGCCGAGACCGAGACCGGAGCCAAGCACUUCUAUCAGUUUGAAAAGCUUGGCGACGAGGCCUCUACAUCCCCCACGUUCCAUCCCAAACCCCUUGAUAACUUGGCCCUCGUGGACGUGAUCGAAGCUCUCAACCCCAUCACGGGCGCCCUCCUCAAGGGCUCGGAUAUCGUCGCGCUAUGCGGUCAGUCUGCGCGCUCAGCGGUGAAGAAGCUCACCCACGGGCUAGAAGUCAGCGAGUUGGUCAGCUCCAACCUCCCCGAGGCAGCGCAGCGCGUCUGGACAACCAAGCUCGCGCGGGUCGACGAGUAUGACAAAUACCUCGUGCUCUCCUUCGCAGCGUCGACUCUUGUCCUCUCUAUCGGAGAAACGGUUGAAGAAGUUGCUGACUCGGGGUUCCUCCUGACCUCUCCCACGCUUGCGGUCCAACAGCUCGGCGAAAGAGCUCUCGUUCAGAUCCAUGAGCAUGGAAUUCGUCACCUAAAGCACGGUAACCUUACUGAAUGGUUUCCGCCAGCCGGUGUCCGCAUCGCGGUGGCCACAACCACCCCUUACCAGAUCGCCAUAGCAUUAUCCAACCGGGAAAUUGUCUACUUUGAAAUUGAUGAGGCGGAUAACUUGAACGAAUACAACGAGCGGGCUGAAAUGGUCUCUUCUGUCACUGCAAUGUCGCUCGGUGAUGUCGCUCCCGGAAAGUUGCGCUCCUCACUACUCGCCAUCGGUUGUGACGACCAGACGUUGCGAAUUGUCUCGGUGGACCCUACAUCGACCAUGGAGAUGCUUUCGGUUCAGGUAUUGGCGUCUAACCCUGCAAACUUGCGCCUCUUGGCCUUGCCCGACACUGAGGCCGCAGUCUCCUUCACGUUGUACGCCCAUGUGGGGCUCGAAACUGGGGUGUAUGUUCGGACCACGGUCGACGAGCUUACGGGCCAGUUAUCCGAUUCACGGACCUACUUUCUCGGCCCGAAGCCUGUGACAUUAUCCACAGCCGUGGUGAAUGGUCACGUCACUAUCAUGGCGUUCUCCACCAGAGCCUGGAUGGGUCACGUUGUCGGAAGCACCUUCAAGCUCACACCGUUGGUGUACCACGCGUUGGCAGACGGCUGCGCGUUUAGCUCCGAGGACUGUCCGCUGGGCAUGGUGGGGGUCCACGGGACGGCAUUGACCAUCUUCACAAUGGUGAAUGCCCAUGACGACUUGAACAUCACCUCUGUUCCGUUGCGGUACACCCCGAGGGCUAUUGUGGAGGGGCCAAAGUCGUUCUAUGUCAUUGGUGCUGACCAUGGAGUCAGGUCGCCGUACCAAGAGGGCGUCGAUCCAGAGACGUACCGUGCUUUUGGGUAUGAGCGUAAGCCCGGCAGCUGGGGCUCGUGCCUCGAAGUGAUUGACUCGGAAACGCUUGAAACCACAGAUACGGUUGAACUACAACACAACUUGGCCGCUUUUAGUGCCUGUCACUGCCACUUCAAGCUCCACCAGGAGGCGUUUUUGAUUGUCGCCGUUUCGCAGAACCAGACGCUCGCUCCCAACUCCAGUUCCGCUUCAUUCCUCUACACGUACAAGCUCCGCGAUGGAAAGGUGGAGUUCUUGCACUCCACCGAGCUCGAGGCGAUCCCGCUCGCGAUGGCUGAGUUCCAGGGGCGGUUGCUCGUGGGGAUGAAGGACACCUUGCGGGUGUAUGAAAUGGGCCAGAAGCAGCUCUUGAGGAAGACAUCCUCCCGGCUUAAUGUCACACAGAUCGUAAAGCUUGCCACGCAAGGGAUGCGGGUUAUCGUGGGGGAUGUCCGGCAGUCCGUGACCUUCUGUGUAUACCGGCCGCGUGAAAACGCGUUCGUCGCGUUCGCUGAUGACACCAUCGCCAGAAAUACCACCGCGAUGACGAUGCUCGACUACGACACCGUGAUUGGAGGCGACAAGUUCGGAAAUGUGUGGGUUGUGCGUUGUCCCGAAACGACUUCGAGGCUCUCCGACGACGAGCACGGACUUGUGGACACGGCGUUUUUGGCUGGCGCCCCGCACAGAGUGAAUGCCCUAUGCCACUUCCACCUCCAGGAUGUGCCAACCUCGUUUUCCCGCGGGGCAAUGACGAUGGGAGGUCUUGAGACGGUGGUAUACACCGGGAUCCAGGGUCUGGUUGGGGUUCUUGCACCGAUUGCCACCAAGCACGAUGUGGCGUUUUUUACCAAAUUGGAAACCGCAAUGAGAGAGAACUUCGAGAGUAUUACCGGCCGCGAACACUUGAUCUUCCGGGGGUAUUAUGUGCCGGUUAAGGGCGUGGUGGAUGGCGACUUAGUGGAGAUGUAUGGUGUAUUGCCGGGGUCGGUGAAGGCCAAGAUUGCAAACAGUUUGGAUAGAAGUGUCAAGGAGGUUGAGCGCAAGGUGUCAGAGAUGCGGACCCGUGCGGCAUUUUAA